AUAUCAUCUCAUUCGUGAUAUCGUCGAUAUAGGAGAUGUGAAGAUUAGGAGAGUCUCAACGGAUGCAAAUGUUGCUGAUCCAUUGACUAAACCUCUUCCACGACCUAAGCAUGAGAGUCAUACUACUGCUAUAGGCAUAAAGUUUCUUAAGAUGUGAUCUUGAUUCUAGUGGGAGUUUUUUCUUUUAUGAUAUGAUGUUCAGAUUUACAUACAUUUGGUUAUGUUUUAAAACUAAAGAAAUUGUUUCAGAUUUAUUUUAUUAUUGGAUAAUUAAAUAAAAGUCCCAAAAUGAUUUAUAUCAUUCUUAUAGAUCAUCAAGUACGUGACUUGAUCAUGAAACCUUAUAUCUGAGAGAUGUUAUAAAUUAUUGAGGUCCCUUAUCAAGGUUGUUAACUUGGGACAUUAACAACCGAGUAUGACUAGUAUGUGAGGUGAUUGAUGACUAAGUUUCAUGGAGUCAUUCAAUAUGUGGUAUUGAAGUCAAUCACAUGGAUAUGUGUUAGAGAACACAUGAUCGGACUGACCCGCUAUGAGAACUCUACAAGAUUGUUAUAUGAGUGCCAUAAGAGUUUUUCAUUACGACUAUACAAUAUAGUCCUUAGACAUGAGUUCAUCAUGAUUCUUUACUUGUGGAUUAGUUCACUUUGACCUUGUCAAACGUCAGCCGUAACUGGUGAUUAUAAAGGUAUUGAUUAGGUGUUCUAUGAAGAUUGUAAGGAGCAUGGAUGGAACAAGAUGGGAUUUGUCCCUCCCAUAUAACGGGAGAUAAAUAUCUCUGGGCAUAUCGAAGAUUUGAUACUGAGAAAUGCAUGGCCGUGCUCAAACGAGGUGAAUGUCAGUUGUUUGUUUUAUCAGUAUAAAUCAUAGUUCGAUAAACGUGAUCUAACUUGAUAAGGAUGACACAAGUUCUUGUCUUAUGUUGAGAUCGAGAUAUAGAGACAAAGAGAUUAUAAGAAUAGAUGAUUCUAGUACAAGUGGGAGAUUGUUUGGAAUGUCCUAAAAUUAUUUGUACUUACUCUUGUUUAAGUCGUAAGUCGAGGUUCGACAAUCGUAUAAAAUUAGGUGGUUAUAAUGUUUUGCUAGAAACCGCUUAUAAUCUAUAGAUUGAGAAUUUAUUACUAAUUUUAUAUGAUCCUACAGGGUCACACACCUAAGCAAAUUGGAUCAAUAAUAUAUAUUGGAAUUAUGGGAAUGAAAUAUCAUAAUGUAUAUAUAUAUAUAUGUGUUUUAUAUGAUAUAACAAUAUAUAUACAUAAACACGUGAAGGAAUCAAGAGAUGAUAAUCUCUUUCACGUCACAUUGUCUACAUGGGCUUGGCCCACAUUCCAAAUUAAGAGAAUUAGGUUAAUGACAUUUGUUAUAAAACGUGAGACGUGAACAUAACAAAAGGUUGAGACAAAACCCUAUAAAUCCAAGAGAACCACAAAAGAGUUUGUCAAGGUUUUGAGAUUUGAUCUCGACGGUACUACCAUCCCGUUCUGAUCCAGUUUGUGUGCGUGUGGAUACCGGUAGAGGUAUGACGUCUGGAGUGCGUAAAAUCUCGACUUGGUUUAUUCAUCUUUCCGCUGCGAAUAACCAGGUAUAUUCGGAACCCUAAAAUCUAGAUUCAUUUCAGGAUUUGCAUGAGAUCUAGACAAACUAAAUUCAUAGGUUGAUUUAUAAAUCGUUAUAAACCGGUAUGAAUUCUAGCACUAUCUUCUUCUUAUAUAUACUAUUAUCACUUUUCUAUUUUCACUUUUGGGGAGUGCAGAGAAGGAAAGACUGAGAGAGGGAUCUCCGAUGACUACUCUCUCUCUCUCUCUCUCUCUCUCUUCUUCUUUCUUCUUCUUGAUCGCUUUAUGCUCUGUGCUUCUUGGGUGUGCCUCUCGUUCAUCAAAGCUGCAUCUUCAGGCUUACCCAGUUGUUGACUUCUUGUAUUUACAUCGGAUCCCAUGCAGUUAAGCCCUAAAAGAUAACUGGGUUUUAUAAAAAAUCCGUACUUUUGUGUUCAUAGUCUCUAUUCGGGUCUAAAGAGGGUUGAAACAGGACUUGUUCUGUAGUAAAAUCUUGUGGAGUCUUUCGCUUAAGUCAACUCUUCUUGUUCUUGAGAGAAGCCGUUUCUUGACUUUGAAGAUUUCUACGGUUUUUAGGGUUUGAAAUGUCUGAACCAAAGAAACGAUCUUCCUUGCAAGCCAAGAAACCCUCCAAAAACCACAAGAGAAAGACUUUCCAGCUAAACCGUCUCCCUGGUCUGUUGUCUGAGGAUUUGAAAAAUAUGAGAAAACUUUGUUUCGUAGUGAGUGAUCCAUACGCUACUGACUACUCAUCCAGCGAAGAAGAUGAAACGUGUCAGACAAGGAAACGUUAUGUCUGCGAGAUCGACCGUCCUUUCUCUCAAGCCACUGCUCAAUCAGAAUCCGAGAGCUCGUCUUGUCAUAACGGUGGAAGCAAAGCCAAAAUCACCCAUGUCGUUGGACGAUCUAGUGUCAGGAAGCCUGUUGGUGUAAGGCAGAGGAAAUGGGGCAAAUGGGCUGCCGAGAUUAUGCAUCCAAUCACCAAAACAAGAACUUGGUUGGGUACUUACGAGACCCUUGAACAAGCAGCUGAUGCUUAUGCUGCUAAGAAACUCGAGUUUGAUGCUUUGUCUGCUGCCACUUCCUCUGUUUUGUCUGAGAAUGCCCUGUCAGAUGACUCAGCUUCAGGGUCUAACGUUGAAGCUGUGUCAAGCAUUGAUCUUGAUAAGAAGUUGAUAGACUUUAACUUGGCAGAUCUACCGAUUCCAGAUAUGGGUUGCUUCAUUGAUGAGUCACUGAUCUCAAAUGCAUGUACGCUUGAUUUUCACUUACCAGAAGAGAGUGACCAGUUCUUAAAUGACAUGAAAUUCAUUGGUCUUGAACGUGACGGUCCAAGCAACCUUCCAGACUAUGAUUUCUCCGACGUGGAGUUCGAUCUUGGUCUCGUUGGAAACACCAUUGACAACAGGUUUAAUUUCUUCGAUCAUCUCGCAACAACAACUACAACUCCACUUAAUAUCGCGUGCCUAUAAGUUUUGAAGCUAGGUGUUAUUAUGAGUUAUAGGAGCCAAAGUAAAAUGCUAUGUUUUUUUUUGUUCGGUUUUUGUCCAAGUUAUUACAGUAUAGCGGAGGUAGUUAACCUCAGGGGAAGCAAAGAGAUAAGUUUUGCGUGUUUGGUGUUGCGAAAAAGUUUUGUUGACAUAAUAGUUUUGAUGUUGUAGAGAAGAUGAGAGAGGUGAGAUUGAAAUUAUAAUCGUUAUUUAUGUGAAACCUAGUUUAUUGUUUUGUGAUUUCUUCUUCUUCUUCUCCUCUUUAAAUUCAUUAAUAAUGUUCCAUUUUGAUUUGGUUUAUCAUAUGAUCAGAAAACUUGAGAUUCAGCUAUAUAUUGAUAUGAGUCUUUUGACAUUUAAUCCAA